CUUUCUGAUAUGGCAAAACCUUUAGAUCACAUCAAAAGACCCAUGAAUGCCUUCAUGGUGUGGUCCAGAGGCCAGAGGAGGAAAAUGGCCCAGGAAAACCCAAAGAUGCACAACUCUGAAAUCAGCAAGAGACUCGGCGCCGAGUGGAAACUGCUCUCCGACUCCGAGAAACGUCCGUACAUCGACGAGGCCAAGAGGCUGCGGGCUCAGCACAUGAGGGAGCACCCGGACUACAAGUACAGACCCCGGCGCAAACCCAAGAGUCUCCUGAAGAGGGACCGUUUCGUUUUCCCGCUGCCGUCUUUACUCGGGGACGCGGCGGAGCAUUUGAAGGGAUUUUCCAUGGACUCCUUUCUUGUCCCCGGGGACAAAGCCAGAGCUCUCCUCGCUCCCGCCUCCUCCUCCUCCUCGUCGUCCUUCUCGCUGCUGGAGCCGGUGGCGCAGUUCAGCACCGGUGCUGUCCAGCGGAUGGCGGAGAUCCCGCACACUCUGGCCGCCGGCGCUCUGCCGUUCAGCGCGCACACGUUUGGAUACCAGACCGCAGGGAUCGGGGGUCUGGCUUGCCCCGGACAGCACACCCACACCCACCCGUCGCCCUCCAGCCCGGGCUACGUGGUGCCGUGUAACUGUAGCGCCUGGUCUGCUGCCAGUUUACAGCCUCAGGUAGCCUAUAUUCUCUUCCCUGGAGGGAUGAGCAAGAGCGGCAUGGACUCCUACACUUCACCCAGCUCCACUGUGUGA